CGGGGGAGGAGCUGGAGGAAGGGUGUUUCCUGGCACGGUUUCCUUGUUUGAGUGACUCAGACAGGAAACUCCCAGCUUCGUGCGGCCCUGGAAAAGAAAGCAGCCCGAGCGAGAACACCCCCGCCGAGGCAGCACCACCCUCUUGCUGUGGCACCGGGGGCGGGAGGGAGCGGAGCCGCAGGGAGCUGAGUGCCGGGGGCUGGCUGCACGAGUGGGUGGCUGGAAGGGGACGCAAACCGUGGGCCUUCUCGCUUCGAGGCUGGAAUCAAAAUGACUGCUCAAGUUACCUUGGAGGACGCUUUGUCCAAUGUAGAUCUCUUGGAAGAAUUACCUCUGCCAGAUCAGCAACCAUGUAUUGAACCCCCUCCAUCAUCCUUACUUUAUCAGCCAAAUUUCAACACCAAUUUUGAAGACAGGAAUGCAUUUGUCACAGGCAUUGCCAGAUACAUUGAACAAGCUACUGUUCAUUCUAGCAUGAAUGAAAUGUUGGAAGAAGGACAAGAGUAUGCUGUUAUGCUAUACACAUGGAGAAGCUGCUCAAGAGCCAUUCCUCAGGUAAAAUGUAAUGAGCAGCCAAACAGAGUGGAAAUUUAUGAAAAAACAGUAGAAGUUCUGGAACCGGAGGUCACAAAGCUGAUGAAUUUUAUGUAUUUUCAGAGAAAUGCAAUUGAAAGAUUCUGUGGAGAGGUGAAGCGUUUGUGUCAUGCAGAGAGGAGGAAGGACUUUGUGUCUGAAGCUUAUCUGAUCACUCUUGGCAAAUUUAUCAACAUGUUUGCUGUUUUAGAUGAGCUGAAAAAUAUGAAGUGCAGCGUAAAGAAUGACCAUUCAGCCUACAAGCGGGCUGCCCAAUUUUUGCGUAAAAUGGCUGAUCCUCAGUCUAUCCAAGAAUCCCAGAAUCUCUCCAUGUUUCUUGCCAAUCACAAUAAGAUUACACAGUCUUUGCAGCAACAACUUGAGGUCAUACCUGGCUACGAAGAGCUGCUUGCUGAUAUUGUGAAUUUAUGUGUGGAUUACUAUGAGAACAAAAUGUAUCUAACACCUAGUGAGAAGCACAUGCUCCUAAAAGUAAUGGGCUUUGGUUUAUAUCUGAUGGAUGGUAGUGUCAGUAACAUCUAUAAGCUGGAUGCCAAGAAAAGAAUUAAUCUGACCAAGAUUGACAAGUUUUUUAAGCAGCUGCAAGUAGUUCCACUCUUUGGCGACAUGCAGAUUGAACUGGCAAGAUACAUUAAGACUAGUGCUCACUAUGAGGAAAAUAAAUCUAGAUGGACAUGUGCUUCAUCCAGCAGUAGUCCGCAGUACAACAUCUGUGAGCAGAUGAUCCAGAUAAGAGAUGACCAUAUGCGUUUUAUUUCAGAACUGGCUCGUUACAGUAAUAGUGAGGUAGUGACCGGAUCAGGCCGUCAAGAAGCACAGAAAACAGAUGCUGAGUAUCGAAAACUCUUUGAUCUUUCUCUCCAGGGUCUUCAGCUUCUGUCUCAGUGGAGUGCACAUGUGAUGGAAGUGUAUUCAUGGAAGCUAGUGCAUCCAACUGACAAAUACUCUAACAAAGAUUGCCCAGACAAUGCAGAAGAGUAUGAAAGAGCAACUCGAUACAAUUAUACCAGUGAAGAGAAGUUUGCUCUUGUUGAGGUUAUUGCAAUGAUUAAAGGACUGCAGGUAUUGAUGGGCAGGAUGGAAAGUGUCUUCAAUCAUGCCAUUCGUCAUACCAUCUAUGCUGCUCUCCAGGAUUUCGCGCAAAUUACACUUAGAGAGCCAUUGAGACAGGCUAUCAAAAAGAAGAAAAAUGUCAUCCAAAGUGUUCUGCAGGCAAUCAGGAAGACUGUGUGCGAUUGGGAAGGCGGGCGUGAGCCAUUUAAUGACCCUGCGCUGAGGGGAGAGAAGGAUCCCAAAAGUGGCUUUGACGUCAAAGUCCCCAGACGAGCAGUGGGUCCCUCCAGUACCCAGCUUUACAUGGUGAGAACCAUGUUAGAGUCCCUCAUUGCUGACAAAAGUGGUUCCAAGAAAACCUUGAGAAGUAGCCUUGAGGGGCCCACCAUAUUGGACAUAGAAAAAUUCCACCGAGAGUCUUUCUUCUACACACACUUGAUAAAUUUCAGUGAAACGCUGCAGCAAUGCUGUGACUUAUCCCAGCUAUGGUUCAGAGAGUUCUUUCUGGAGCUGACAAUGGGCAGAAGGAUCCAAUUUCCCAUCGAGAUGUCUAUGCCUUGGAUUCUGACGGACCACAUUUUGGAGACUAAGGAAGCAUCAAUGAUGGAAUACGUUCUGUAUUCUUUGGACCUUUAUAAUGACAGUGCUCAUUACGCACUUACCAAAUUCAAGAAGCAGUUCCUCUAUGAUGAAAUUGAGGCAGAGGUCAACUUGUGCUUUGACCAGUUUGUCUACAAGCUGGCAGACCAGAUAUUUGGAUACUACAAGGUUAUGGCAGCAAGUCUGCUUUUAGAUAAAAGGUUAAGAUCAGAGUGCAAGAAUCAGGGAGCAACUAUUCCCUUGCUAACAUCUAAUCGGUAUGAGACGCUCCUAAAGCAGAGGCAUGUUCAGCUUCUUGGCCGAUCAAUAGAUCUGAACCGUCUGAUCACUCAGCGAAUUUCAGCAGCCAUGUACAAAUCUAUGGAACUGGCAAUUGGUCGCUUUGAGAGUGAAGACUUGACUUCCAUUGUUGAAUUAGAUGGGUUGGUAGAAAUAAAUAAGAUGACACACAAGCUCCUGAGCAGAUACAUGACUCUAGACAGUUUUGAUGCCAUGUUCAGGGAAGCCAACCACAAUGUAUCAGCUCCCUAUGGAAGAAUCACCCUUCAUGUCUUCUGGGAGCUCAAUUACGAUUUCCUUCCAAAUUACUGCUACAAUGGGUCCACUAACAGGUUUGUUCGAACAGUGCUACCGUUUUCCCAGGAAUUUCAGAGAGACAAGCAACCUAAUGCACAGCCGCAGUAUCUACAUGGAUCAAAGGCUUUGAAUCUGGCCUACUCCAGCAUUUAUAGCAAUUACAGGAACUUUGUUGGCCCCCCUCAUUUCAAAGUCAUCUGUAGACUCCUGGGAUAUCAAGGCAUUGCUGUGGUAAUGGAAGAGUUAAUGAAAGUCGUCAAGAGUCUGCUCCAAGGCACAAUUUUGCAAUAUGUGAAGACCUUAAUGGAAGUGAUGCCGAAAAUCUGUAGGUUGCCCAGACACGAGUAUGGUUCCCCAGGUAUUCUGGAAUUCUUUCAUCAUCAGCUAAAGGACAUUGUUGAAUAUGCAGAACUGAAAACUGUGUGUUUUCAAAAUCUGCGAGAAGUGGGAAAUGCUGUACUCUUCUGUCUACUCAUUGAACAGAGCUUGUCUUUGGAGGAAGUGUGUGAUCUGUUGCAUGCUGCACCAUUCCAGAAUAUUUUACCAAGAGUUCAUGUCAAAGAGGGUGAAAGACUUGAUGCUAAAAUGAAAAGACUAGAAUCAAAAUAUGCUCCACUCCACCUUGUUCCAUUAAUUGAAAGACUAGGAACACCUCAGCAAAUUGCCAUUGCAAGAGAAGGAGACUUAUUGACCAAGGAGCGCCUCUGCUGUGGGCUAUCUAUGUUUGAAGUCAUCUUAACCAGGAUCCGGACAUUCCUCGAUGAUCCAAUCUGGCGUGGCCCUCUCCCCAGCAAUGGUGUGAUGCAUGUGGAUGAGUGUGUGGAAUUUCACCGCCUAUGGAGUGCAAUGCAGUUUGUGUACUGUAUUCCUGUGGGGACACAUGAAUUUACUGUGGAACAGUGUUUCGGAGAUGGGUUGCACUGGGCUGGCUGUAUGAUUAUUGUGCUUUUGGGGCAACAGCGUCGGUUUGAUGUGCUGGAUUUCUGCUACCACUUAUUGAAAGUACAGAAACAUGAUGGCAAAGAUGAAGUCAUAAAGAAUGUGCCUUUGAAGAAAAUGGUGGAGAGAAUCCGCAAGUUCCAGAUCCUGAAUGAUGAGAUCAUUGCUAUAUUGGACAAGUAUUUGAAAUCUGGUGAUGGAGAAGGCACACCAGUGGAACAUGUCCGCUGCUUCCAGCCUCCCAUUCACCAGUCAUUGGCCAGCAACUAGGAAAGAUCCACUUUUCUGCUUUCCUUUUAGAAGCAGUACACAGUGCACCAUGUUGCCAGGCAAGAUUUGACGGAUAACGGAGAUUAUCUUGACCAUCACUGUUUUCUAGUAUUGCCUGAGCCUUCUGCUAGGAGCAGGUCUUCACUUUCAUUUCCAAGCACAAUAACUGUACACAAUUCUGUUUUUUAGACUACUUUUUAUAUACUUUUGAUAAAAGGCUUUGGAAUGUAACCUAUUUUUAGUUUUAAAAUCCUUUGCAUUUCUCUAGCUGUUGUAAUCAUUUUAGAGAGGUUUGAUGCAUUGGAUCUUUCUUCACUUGUCUAAACUAUUAGCAAAAAUGAAAAGUUACCCUUUUUAGGGGGCGUCUUUUUUGUAAUUUUCUUGUAUAAGAGAAACAUUAUGCUGCUUUGCUAGCCUUUACAGAAAACUCCUUAUUUUGCAACUCCACGAGUGUCUUUAAUCACUGGACUGCUCCCUCUGGCAAUGUCCAUGCUCCCAAUACAUUGUCGUCUUUGGAAAUACAGGUUUUAAGGGGACAUUUUAAAAACAAGACUAUAAGGAAGCAAUUAAUGUUUUUAAUGUGUAGAGAGUCUGUUCAUACAUUUAGACGUAGCUACUCUUGCUGCUGCUUUUUUAGCUUAAAAUACAAAAUGGAGAGAUCUGAAUACCAUUUUCCACAUUGGAAGCAGACAAAGCAGCAGCAUGAGUCACUUUACAAAUAAAUAUAGAACAUACUUUGGUUUGAUAGAAUUUAGAAUUAUACCCUUUUCAAGUUUUUUUGUUCAUUCUUAGAAAAGGACUCUAAAGUUCAUAACACUUAGCUCUUUCUAAUGCUAAGCUUGAAUAUUUAUAAUUUUACUUUGUGAAUCAUGGGUCAGUAGUUUACUUCUGAAACUAAUUUCUGAAUUAAAACAUGUUAAAGGCAACUAUGGAUGUAAGAGUCACUCUUGUCAAGUUCUGAUCUAGUGAGCGGAAGUGCUGUUUGAAAAUUGCCCUUUUACUGUUACAAGGGACUACCACUCACUCCCAUAAGUCUGAUAUCCAACAUUUUAUGCAGUCCAUUUGUGUGUGUUCCUGUGAGUUGUAAUCUUGCAUUAUUUUGCUCAGAAGACAUACCAGCCACAUUGCAGGCUCAGUUUAAAAGUUAUGGCGUAUAUGUUAAAAAUAAAGCUGGAAUUCCCAGCAUCUUCCUCCUAUGUGAGAAAACAAAAUCACUUUGGCUUCUGUUUUGGCCCUCUCCUCUCGGACUGGAUUUUGGGAAGAAGAAAUAAUAAUGUUCUAUCACCAUAAUUCAGACGGUGCUGUUCUGAUAGCUUUCAAAAUGAUGUUAAACAACCCCUAAGGCUUUAGGUUGUGUCCUGAAACUGUUUGAAAUGAUCUUCCUCUCAUGUUUUUGUACAUGGUUUUAAAAUGCUACUUGUUUUACAAGUAAUGGCUGCCAUGUAUUUCACCAGGAUGCAAGUUCUCUAUUUAUUGAGAAUGUACUUUUAAUGGGAAAAGGUGAAGAGGUCAUUUUCCCAAAACCAUGCCUGACCGCCCACCCACUGAUUGGAUGACAGGUGGGAGGGUAGGGUUAAAUCUUGCUCAGUGUGGCAGGGUUGAAUGCAAACCUCUUGUUGAUGCAGGACUGGGUUUGCUUCGAAGUCUUGUUAAAGUGAAAGACUUUCAAACAGUCCAGCAGUGCUCUUUGAAGUUCUCAUAAUGGGGGGCUUCAAAGCAUGGCAUCACCUGUCAAAGCCUUACCCACCUGUCAAAUUUGACUCACCAGGGCGGGGAGAUAAAAAUCUGGCCUGCUGCCUAGUAAAGGUUUCCCACCUAAGUUUUAGCGAAAAGUUGCUUAGGUUGUCUUAGACUAUCACAGCAAAGCAGUAGUAAAAACCAAGAACGCAUAAUAGCUGUGAAGGCUAAAAUUGAAAGGGUGUCUCAUUCAAUACCAUCACUACUCUUCUUUAAUAGUUACUGAAGCUGUUUUUACUUUUCAAAACACUUGAGCAGUGUAAAGCUGUUUUCUCAGGUAUUCAUACCAGCAUAUUCUUAAAAGCACUCUAUACUGCAGAGCAUACAAAACCAUUGAUACAUUUACUUUCACAUUGCUUUUCACUUUCACAGGGCAUUUACCAACAUUGUUGCAAAACUAUUGAAUUCAUAUUUUUUUCCUGUCAUUUUUAUGAUUUGGAAUGCAACUGAAACAUGAGCCUAAGCAUUCUUGCUGUUUCUGGUGGGAGUAGGCAGUGCUGUGCUUUUUGAUGCCAUGUCAUUAACAUGCCAACUGUCCAUUCUUCUUUCAAAGACUGUAGUGUGACAAUGCCCUGUUCAUGUCUUCGCUAGGUUCAGUAUUACUUUGUCUCCUUUUCCAGUGUAACAGGUCAACCUAAACUGUUUAUACAACAAAAUGAAUAUGCCAUCUCCUGUUUUGUGCUUCCUUCUAGGUUAGCUGUAAUAAAACUUCCAGGCAUACUUGUAUUUAAAUGAUACCAAACAGUUUUAUUGCAGCCUCAUCCUGUGCCUACCAAUAAUUUGUUUUUGGCAGAGAUCUAGACUUAACAGCUGCCCUCAACAUUGUCCUGAAACCCACAAGUCUCUUAGCUGCCCCUGGAUCUGGAAAAUAGGGUGGUCUCUCUCUAAAUAGGACUAACUAGGAACUAUAUUGGAGAGAAUGGAAAGAAGGAUGAUAAAGGCACUAUGUCACAGAUUUCUCUCAUUUGGAAUAUGGACAAUGAUUAGUGCUGACUUUCCUUUUAACUUUAUAGGGUGGUGGUUAAAGUUACAGCUGGUUAAUGCAGGUGAAGUGCUUUGACCAUCUAAAAAGCAUUGCAGAAAUGAUUAGCCAUAGCUGGUUUGUUAAAAGCAGAAUUCUUCCUCUAUAAGAGGGAGGGGAGAAAGCACACAAUAAACCAUAGUUAUAUCUUAAUGGGGCCCAUAUGUCUGUUUACACAAAUGAGUAUGUGUAAACAAUGCAUCAUAUAAAAAGGAACCUCAUUAUGGGUUUUCUUCUGCGAAGUGGCAUUUACAAGCAGGACACAGGACCUGCUUUUUUAAUUUGUUUGUCAUCAGUACAGACACUCGGAGUUGCAGCACAUGGUUCUUUGUGGUAUUUAUACAAUUAUCAUAUGAUACCCCUAGUCUGUUAUCUCAGUAAUGUGUGAAUUAAAACCUAUUCCAUACAUUGAAAACAAGGAACUUAAAUUGAGGGAAGUAGCACAAAGAGAUGGCUGUGUAUGUCAGUCAAUUUACAUCUCACUCAUGCAGAAAUAAAGCAUUUUAUUUGUUAAAA